UCAUAGUCACAAGCUUAAAUCAUUAGACUGAAUUCAAAGGCCAUAAAUACAGCUGGAAAUAAGUUACGAUUGGUCUAUGUAUUCAAAUUAAUUGUAUCCAGGCGUUAAUCAACACAUAUUCAUGUUCAACAGAUGCUGUCACGUGGAGUGUAUGUGAUUUCACACGACCAUCUUCGAAUUAUUACACUAAUCGUAAAAUUGAAAAGUUAGGAGCGUGUGCUACAUAAACUGUAAUGUGUUUGAUAAUUGCAAUCGGAUUUGUGAGGAAUGUUGUGUAGCGUUUAUCAUCAAAUAUCACCUUAAUGUGGUCGGUUAAUAUCCUCUUCCACAAUAAAUAAAUAUAAUCAAGCACAUCGUAAUCAUAAAAGACAGCUGGACUUGAAAUGGCUGGUUUUGGAUGUCGCCUCAAGCAUUUGAUCUUUGUUGUGAUAUUUAGUUGCACUUUACUUUUUGGAGAAAGUAUGCUUAAUCAUCGACCCGUUAUAGGAAUUUUAACUCAGAAGGUUUCCCAGGAGUUUUCCGAAUACGGUGAUACAUAUAUUCUUGCGAGUUAUGUAAAAUAUUUGGAAGAAUCGGGCGCACGAGCUGUUCCUAUACGAGCUGGUCAAUCGGAAUCUUAUUAUGAGAAGAUAUUUUCACAAAUAAACGGAGUUUUAUUUCCCGGUGGUGAUGUUGAUCUGGGCACAAGUUAUUAUGCUCACAGUGGAAGAUAUAUCUACGAUCUAGCAAAAAAGGCCAAUGAUGCUGGUGAUCAUUUUCCUUUAUGGGGAACUUGUCAAGGCUUUCAACUUCUCAAUAAUUUAACUGCCUGUGAAAAUUUGCUAACACCAACUGAUAGUGAAAAUUUGGCUUUACCGUUAAAUAUAACUACGGAAAAUGUCGGUGCCAGUCGACUAUUCGGUAAAAUGUCAGCCUACAUCUAUAAUAUUUUAGAAAAUAGACCAGUAACUUAUAACCAUCACCAUCUAAGUAUAAAAACAGAUACGUUUUACAAUACCGCGUCUCUAAAAUCUUUCUACCGAGUACUGUCGACAAAUGUAGAUAGAAAAGGCGUAGAAUUUAUUUCAACUUUUGAAGCUUUCAAGUAUCCAUUUUAUGGAACACAGUGGCACCCUGAAAAAAACAAUUUUGAAUGGAAUCCUAAGCUUUUUAUCGACCAUAGUGACCUGGCUAUAGAUGUUGCUCAAUACUUUUCUAACUACUUUGUCAACGAAGCGCGAUUUAGUAACCACAAGUUCUUAAACAAUAAUACUGAAAUCCAUUCCAUGAUUGACAACUAUAAACGAACCUAUUUAACAGAUGGAACAUUUGAUGUCAUUUAUUUUUUUAAUCUUAACGGAACUGAUCCAUUUGAAAAACCGCUCAUCAUUCCUUUAUAAUUUCUUACGUUUAGAGCCUAUGAUAAUUUUUAUAUUAUACUCAUCAACUUGUUCAUCUUAAUUUGUUUUCAUAAACGCUAUAUUAAUGACGGUAUCUAAAUGCGUAUUAUUAAUUUUGUUGUUUUUUUAUUAUUUUAAUAUUAUGUAAUUUUCAUUUUGUUUUCAUUUUAUUGAGCAACUGCUAAUAAAUGCUCUAUGUAUAUAAUGGAUUGUAACCAAAUGUUCAUCAUCAAUUUUUGUUGUUAUUGAUUAUGUAAAUUUAUGUAUUUUCUGGGAUAAUAUUGUUGUAUAUACCACUGUGUAUUAACAAUUUAGACCAGGUCGUUAUGACUCCUUGUACGACUGUCGGUAGGGAUAUUAGGAUUUCGCUCUAUUCCGCUAAACUUACUUUCCCUGCUAAUGGUCAUGUGCCAAGAUGGACUACUAUGUCCGUAUAUCGGACUAUAGUAACGAUUUCAUAGAGUGGCUAAAAUAUUAUUGGAAUGAUACUAUUGGAACAAAGACUGGGCAUGUAAUAUAAGAAGUUUUGAGUGUCGACCAAUGCCGAUCUACGCGGCACUAUUUGAUCAAGCUGCAGAAGAUUUAUACCCUUGUGUCAGAAUAGAUUUAUCAACCUGUUAAAUAAAUGAUUGUAUAUGAAUGUUUUUCCUUGUUCCAUAUUUUGUAUGUCUUUAUUGUACUAUGGUUGUCAUUCUUUGCUUGAUAAAGACGAGAGAACGCUCGCCAAAACGUCGCGAAAAUAAAUCCUUCAAGUAAUUAACUUUC